ACCUGCAACCUUUUGCAUGGGUACACCACCAAACCAACUGAGCCACACUGGCCAGGGUUCAAAAUGUAUUCUUAGUUACCCCAAUAAAAAAGUAAGUAAAUUUAAAAUUGGAUUCUGACUCAAAAAAGUAUUGUUAAGAAAAAUGAGAGUCAGUGCCCAUGGAGUCCCCCAGAUCUGUCUCUUGGUUCAACAGUGUUUGGAUGGAACAGACCCAGGGACACCCCUUCUUCCAGCCUCCGACCACCCUUCAACCUCUUCCAGUCACCACCUUUGGAACCACCUUCAGAACCACCUUAGCUUCCGAGACCAGCCAACACCAUUUUUUUUUUUUUUACCUUAACUUUUAUUGCCAAACAACCGUGAGCUUCCAGAUUCGUCAGAACUAUUCCACCGAGGUGGAGACUGCUGCUAACCGCCUGGCCAACCUGCAUCUGCGGGCCUCCUACACCUACCUCUCUCUGGGUGUCUAUUUCCGCCCAAUGACAUGGCUCUGGAGCGCGUGGGCCACUUCUUCUCAAGUUGGCCCUGGGCAUCUCUUAAAGCGGCAAAACCAGCGCAGUGGCCGCGUUCUCUUCCAGGACGUGUGAAUGAAGCCUUCUCAAGAUGAGUGGGGCGGAACUCAGGACGCCAUGGUCCUGGAGAAGAACUUGAACCAGGUCCUUUUGGAUCUGCAUGCCCUGGGUGCUACCUGCACAGACCCUCGGCUCUGUGACUUCCUGGAGAAGCACUUCCUGGAGGAGGAGGUGAAACUCAUCCAGAAGAUGGGCGACCACCUGACUAACCUCCGCAGGCUGGCUGGGCCCCAGGCUGGGCUGGGCGAGUAUCUCUUCGAAAGGCUCACCCUCAAGCACGACUAGGAGCCUUUGGAGCCCAGAGGCCUUGGAGGGGCCC